CGAUCAGAAAUCUACUGGUUUCAUUGCUUUUUAAUGUAAUUUCCACCGGAGUUGCCAUGGAAACCAGGCAUGGGGGCCUGAAUCGCCUCCAGGCAGCGCAGCAGCAGAGCUGGGCCAAAGGCUGGGGCUGGGGAUGCCGGGGGGGGGCAGGCAGUGCUGCACGGCUGCUGCUUUGGGGGGUCCUCGUCCUGCAGCCAGCACGAAGCAGGGGGCACCCGGCAGCCAGCCGACCCUUUGCCGUGGGGCUGAUGGAGGGCUGCCCACUGGUAUCCUCCUGCACCCCAAAUCCUGAGCCCGCAGCCCCACCCGGCGCUGCCCCGAGCUCGGUGCCCUCUGCUCAGACCCACCCAGCUCUCCCAUCGGAUGCCGCCUUCAGCGCCAGCUGCAGGAGAACUGGGAUGGAUGGAAACCCUGGAAACCCACAUUGGUCCACAGGGGACGGGUUGCCAUGGCGAUGCCAUCGCUCCGCAGCGCGGCUCCGGCGCAGCCCCCUCGCUGCGGUGCGGGCAGUGGGGCCAGCGCUGCCCGGGGAAUGGCAGCCCACCCCCGUGCCCCCGGGGGCACUGCCAGAUGCCCACCCUGCAGUCCCCCCCAUGGAGAGAGGAGGUGGGUUCCUGCCCCACAGCGGGGGCUCGCCCUGCCCUUCUGUGCCCCAUUCUUUGCCCUCCCUACACACCAGCGCGGCCACCCCAGCAGGACCCCGGGUGCAAGUUGGUGACAGGUGACGCGUUGCCAUUAAGCUCCUGAUUCUGCCGUCCUCCCCAGCCUGCUGCCAUCUGCUCUGGGUAUCCCCACCAUCAGCAGAAGAGGGGACACCGCGUCCCUGAGAGUGGUCAGCGUCCGCGUGAGGACACGGGAAAUCCUCAGCUCCGGGGACGUGGUUGGAGCUGCGGGCAAAGAGAAGCUGGAGGGAACUGAACCGCGAUGGCAGCGUGGCACGGGGAGGGCGUGAGCGGCCACUGCGUGUCCGUGAUGCUCCAGGAGCCACCGCCAGUGGGAGCACAGCAGCAUCGCCGCGUCCUCGUCCUGGCGUGAGGAGCCAUGAACUGGGCCGGCCUCUACGCGGUGCUGAGCGGGGUGAACCGCCACUCCACCGCCAUCGGGCGCAUCUGGCUCUCCGUCAUCUUCAUCUUCAGGAUCAUGGUGCUGGUGGUGGCGGCCGAGAGCGUCUGGGGGGACGAGAAGUCCGCCUUCACCUGCAACACGCAGCAGCCCGGCUGCAACAGCGUCUGCUACGACCACUUCUUCCCCAUCUCGCACAUCCGCCUGUGGGCCCUGCAGCUCAUCCUGGUCACCACGCCGGCCCUGCUCGUGGCCAUGCACGUGGCCUACCAGCAGCACCAGGAGAAGAAGCUGCUGCUGAUGACGGGCCACGCGGAUGCCAAGCACCUGGAGGAGGUGAAGAAGCACAAGAUGCGCAUUGCGGGAUCGCUGUGGUGGACGUACGUCUGCAGCGUGGUCUUCAGGCUGCUCUUUGAGGCCGUCUUCAUGUACCUCUUCUACAUGAUCUACCCCGGCUACCAGAUGGUGCGGCUGGUCAAGUGCGAGGCCUACCCCUGCCCCAACACCGUCGAUUGCUUCGUCUCGCGGCCCACCGAGAAGACCAUCUUCACCGUCUUCAUGUUGGUCACCUCCAGCGUCUGCAUCGUGCUCAACAUGGCCGAGCUGGUCUACCUGGUGGUGCGGGCCUGCGCGCGUCGCGGCCGCCACAACUCCAACCCCUCCUCGGGGAAGGGCUCCUUCUACGGGCACAAGCUCUCCUCCGAGUACAAGCAGAAUGAGAUCAACCAGCUGCUGACCGAGCAGGACGGAUCCCUCAAGGACAUGCUGCGCCGCAACCCCGGCCUGCAGGAGAAGGGCGACCGCUGCUCCGCCUGCUGAGGCCCACACCGCCCCACAGCUGCCCCACAGCCCUGGGGAGGGCCCACGCCGCCCCUGUUUCGCGUAUCGCACACCCGGUGCCGGCCCUCCUGGACAGCGGGGAUGGGGAGGGCACGGCUGCUGCUGCGUGCUCGGGCCAUUAAAUGUCCAUUCUCA